UGAUCCGCUGGAGGCGCCGGAGAGCAGCACGGAUCCGCACUCGCCGCAGCCGAAGAAGACGCGAGCGGAGCUGCUGGACGGAACGAUGGCGGCAUCCAAGGUGAAGCAGGACAUGCCUCCCACCGGAGGAUACGGGCCCGUAGAUUACCGGAGAAACCUGCCGAGACGAGGCCUGUCCGGGUACAGUAUGUUCGGCGUGGGCGUGGGGCUCAUGGUGUUCGGGUACUGGAGGCUCUUCCGCUGGAACCGCGAGCGCAGACGGCUGCACAUCGAGGAGCUGGAGGCGCGCAUCUCUUUACUGCCGCUGCUGCAGGCCGAGCACGACCGCCGGACGCUGCGGAUGCUGCGGGAGAAUCUGGAGGAGGAGGCUGUGAUCAUGAAGGACGUUCCCGGCUGGAAGCUCGGUGAGAAGGUGUUCCACACGGACCGAUGGGUGUCUCCGCUCACAGAGGAGCUGUUUAACCUGCGGCCGCGAGAGGAGAUGCUGCGCAAGAAGUUCGGCUUCCUGCGGUACGUGUGACUCCAGCUAUCCCAGCAUCCCCUUCUGCGGCGUUUCCAGCAUUAGCCAUGUGUUGCUCUGUUCACACUGUAAAUGUUUCCAUAUUAAAUAUGAUUUCUUUUCCUCUCAAA